AGCGCACAAGCCUCAUAGGAUCGGCAGACCAAUGUGUUUCAAGGGUGCAUAUGUUCGAGCAUAAGUAUAUACAUAAUACGAGCGCUGAAAUCAGUGAACCUUCUGAGAUCGGGAUCGAUGAUAUCAUAACGUGAGGAUCAGCGUAUAAACGUUUCAUCCUCUUCUCGAAUAUCCUCGACAGCUGGAUGUUUUUGGAUCACACCCAGUGGCCUAUGACAAAGACUGUGAUGCUGCGUGUAACAUAAAUGCGAGCAAGUUGCGAGAUUGAGCAGACAAUUUAAACUUCGACCGUUGUCUCCUUGACUGGACACUACUACACACGUCUAAACCGAAACAUUGACCUUCCAGAUGACGAAAUUUGUAGUGACAGGUGCUACCGGAGCUCUUGGCUCACGCAUAUUCAAGAAUCUCAUACGUCUCGUACCUGCUAGCGACAUCAUUAUGUCACUAUACAAUCCAUCGGGCGCGACGGAAGAUAUCAAAAGCUCCGGGGUUGAAGUCCGCCGAGGUGACUUUGGCAAUCCAUCCACACUCGAUAGUGCGUUCGCAGGCACAGACAAGCUGCUCAUUGUUUCAUAUCCUUCCAUCGCACAUGAACUCCGAGUGAAGAACCACAUUGCUGCGAUUGAUGCCGCCAAACGUGUCAGAGUCAAGCACAUUUAUUAUACUUCGCUCGCUUUCGCAAGUGACAGUGUUGCUACAGUCAUGCAGGCGCACAUUGACACGGAGGCGUAUUUAAAGCAAAGCGGCUUGACGUAUACCAUCAUCAGAGAAGGAAUCUACAGUGAAAGCUGGCCAUUGUACUUCGGGUACUUUGACCCAAGCGAGGGAAAGGACGAAGUUCUCAUUCCCUAUAGCGAUGGCAAGAUUGCCUGGGUAUGUCGUGACGACCUUGGCGAAGAAUGAUGACAUCACUCACUACCUAGGAGUCGGGCUAUGAGAACACAACUGUCCUACUCUCCGGUGACAAACCCAUCACCCUUUUAGAGUUCGCUCAAAUCGCAUCUCGGAUCCUGAACCGCGACAUCAAACUCAGGGUGGUCUCUGAGGAUGAGUACUUCAAAAACAACCUGGGCAAGCAAUCCGAGGAGCUUCUGCGUGCGUGGGCGACAACGUAUAAAGCCCUUGCGAGAGGUGAACUGGAGAAAGUUGAUCCGUUGCUGAAGAAUUUACUUGGGAGAGAGCUAAGGCCAGUCGAAGUGACUCUGAAGGAGAUGUUGGAUGCCCAGGUGGGUGACGGUGGAAAGGAAGCAACAGCAAGAUAUGCCAAGUAAGAAUGUUGCCUGUUAGAUCUAAUGUCAUCUGGUUUUAUUGCAUGAGUCUUCCGACCUAUAUGGGGCCGAAAACCUGAAUGUUGGAAAGUGAAUUGGAGGAUACAACCUAUCGAGCACUAUAUAAAUAUCAACAUAAUCAUUAGCAUUGCAAGGUCGUA